CCUCCGUCCGUCCCUCCAUUCCCACGUCCCUCUGUCCGUCCUUCCGUCCCUCUGUCCCUCUGUCCAUCCCUCCGUCCGUCCCUCCAUUCCCACGUCCCUCUGUCCGUCCUUCCGUCCCUCUGUCCCUCUGUCCAUCCCUCCGUCCGUCCCUCCAUUCCCACGUCCCUCUGUCCGUCCUUCCGUCCCUCUGUCCCUCUGUCCAUCCCUCCGUCCGUCCCUCCAUUCCCACGUCCCUCUGUCCGUCCUUCCGUCCCUCUGUCCCUCUGUCCAUCCCUCC